UUCCCAUCUGUGAGUUUUACUUAGACCCUGCGAACCAGGACGUACGCGCAGCCUAGAUCUGCUGCACGCGCAAGGCCCCCUAGUGACCUGAGCUCCCGUAGCGUCCCCAAGACCCUCAGCCAGGGGUGGCUCCCGCCCACUCAGGUUUCCCCUCUGCCUGGAGCGGUCCAGUUCCAACCGGCUCUUUCUCCCCGCCCUCCAUCUCCGCGGUUUGGGUAGAAGAGGUUGACCCGAAGCAAAGACUAAGCUCCGGCCGGGGCUCAGGGAGAGCUCCACAUCGCGACAUCCCUUCCUCAAGGACCGGGCUUUGAGGGAACCUCCAACGCUUGCAGGAGUGAGGACCCCGCUGCUAGAGCGACAGGAGAUCUGAAGAGCAGGUGCCCAGCGGGAAGCCCAGGUUGCCCCGGGACCGGACGUCCACGCAGGAGGUGCAGAAACCCGGCUGCUCAGGAGAGGUCGCCUCCGGGUCUGGGUCCCAGCUGGAUGGUCCCCGGUGCGGUUGCUGGGGCUCCAGCUGUCCCCGCCGCAGCAGGGAAGGGGACUUUGUCCGAAUGACGCUACAUUCCUGCAGCCCAAAGGCAUCCUGCCGAGCAUCCUCUGUCAAGGUGCUGCAGAUAAGUGGGUGAAAGAGGAUGUCCUCUCGUCUGAAGCCUCUGAAGGGUCCUGGCCUGGCAGCUGAGUUCUUUUUGUACUUGGGACAGCAGAUGUAACUGCAGAGCUCGUGCGAGAGUGUGACUUUGCCCAACUCCUGACUCACCAGACUGGUUGGGGUUUUGGAAUCAAAACGGAACUUGUAGAAAGAUAAACUGGCAGAAAGAAAAAGAAGCCCCUAGAAUCGUCUAGAAUCCAUUAACUGAGUCUGCUCUUGCUGCUCAGAGCACAGAGGGAGGCUGUGAUCCGAUUAAGCUCUGGGCCCACUUAAGUAAAGCAACAAGCGCGCGCGCAGCAAGCAGCUCCUGCACUUGAGCCACACAGAAGGAUUCAAAGUUGCCGGAUACUUUUUAUACUCUGAGAUCCAUGGAGAUAGAAGAUAACGAUACAGGCUUUUAUUUCUAAUAAUGCCGGAUCUAGAAGAUGUGCGAACCAUUUUAAGCAUCCAGGAGGGUUCUUGAAUCGCAGGAGUUGGUGGCAAACCCUCCAAGUGCAGGUAACAACAACCUUAGCAGCAUCCGGCUAAGCAGGUCGGGAUGCAAGGACUUGCAGCCCUUCCUGUCCCCUGACAGCUGGCAGCAGCGACCUCACCAGGAGCCAAAGCAUCCCUCAGUUGUGAGAUUUGACAGAAUGAGGUGUGCUGGGGAAGCCACUAGCUGGAACCUGGCCUUUCCUGACUGCCCCUGCAUUUUCCAGCCGGCCCCGGACCACUGAGGCAACAAUGGCUGAGAAAGGUGACUGCAUCGCCAGCGUCUACGGGUAUGACCUUGGUGGGCGCUUCAUUGACUUCCAACCCCUUGGCUUUGGGGUCAACGGGCUGGUGCUGUCAGCUACGGACAGCAGGGCUUGCCGGAAGGUGGCCGUGAAGAAGAUCGUUCUGAGUGACGCCCGCAGCAUGAAGCACGCGCUCCGAGAGAUCAAAAUCAUCCGGCGCCUGGACCACGACAACAUUGUCAAGGUGUACGAGGUGCUGGGACCCAAGGGGAGCGAUCUGCAGGGCGAGCUCUUCAAGUUUAGCGUGGCCUAUAUCGUCCAAGAGUACAUGGAGACUGACCUGGCGUGCCUGCUGGAGCAGGGCACGCUGACUGAGGACCACGCCAAGCUGUUCAUGUAUCAGCUGCUCCGUGGGCUCAAGUACAUCCACUCUGCGAACGUGCUGCACAGAGACCUGAAGCCCGCCAACAUCUUCAUCAGCACGGAGGACCUUGUGCUCAAGAUUGGGGAUUUCGGGUUGGCAAGGAUCGUGGAUCAACAUUACUCACACAAGGGUUAUCUGUCAGAAGGGUUGGUGACAAAGUGGUACCGGUCUCCGAGACUGCUCCUGUCCCCAAAUAACUACACAAAAGCCAUCGAUAUGUGGGCAGCUGGCUGCAUCCUGGCAGAGAUGCUCACGGGGAAAAUGCUCUUCGCUGGGGCUCACGAGCUGGAGCAGAUGCAGCUCAUCCUAGACACCAUCCCUGUGGUCCGGGAGGAAGACAAGGAGGAGCUGCUCAGGGUGAUGCCGUCCUUCGUCAGCAGCACCUGGGAGGUGAAGAGGCCACUGCGCAAGCUGCUCCCGGACGUCAACAGUGAAGCCAUUGACUUUCUGGAGAAGAUCCUGACCUUUAACCCCAUGGACCGCUUAACAGCUGAGAUGGGGCUUCAGCAUCCUUACAUGAGCCCGUACUCGUGCCCCGAGGAUGAGCCCACCUCACAACACCCUUUCCGCAUUGAGGACGAGAUCGACGACAUCGUGCUGAUGGCUGCCAGUCAGAGCCAGCUCUCCAACUGGGACAGGUAUCCUGUGAGCCUGUCCUCAGAUCUGGAAUGGCGGCCUGACCGGUGCCAGGACGCCAGCGAGGUGCAGCGCGAUCCACGUGCAGGCUCUACACCGCUGGCGGAGGAUGUUCAGGUGGACCCACGCAAGGACUCACAGAGCAGCUCCGAGCGCUUCCUGGAGCAGUCACACUCGUCCAUGGAGCGCGCCUUCGAGGCCGACUAUGGACGGUCCUGCGACUACAAAGUGGGGUCUCCAUCCUACCUGGACAAGCUACUGUGGCGCGACAACAAGCCCCACCACUACUCGGAACCCAAGCUCAUCCUGGACCUGUCGCACUGGAAGCAGGCGGCCAGCGCUCCCCCCAGGGCUGCAGUAGCAGCAGACCCUGUGUCACGUGAGGAUGAGCCAGCAAGCCUCUUUCUGGAGAUUGCACAGUGGGUCAAGAGCACACAAAGUGGCUCUGAGCGUGCCAGUCCUCCCCCUGAUGCCCCAGAGCCCCGUCUCUCUGCCUCACCCCCGGGACACCCAACACCCAUCGAUGGGGGUGCCAGUCCCCAGUUCGACUUAGACGUGUUCAUCUCGCGUGCCCUAAAGCUCUGCACCAAACCUGAGGACCUCCCGGAAAACAAACUGGGCGACCUGAAUGGCGCGUGCAUCUCUGAGCACCCUGGCGACCUCGUGCAGACAGAGGCCUUCUCCAAAGAAAGGUGGUGAGCACAGAAGGGGUGCGGGAAAACUCCCGGAGCAGGAUCCCCAUCCAGAAAGCUGGACCACUUCCGUGCUCCCUCGCACUCCUUCAUCCCCUCUCUGCUGCGUUGGGGUUAGCAGAACACACGCGGAUCCGGGGAGAAAGAAGAAUGUCCAUUUCUUAAACUGCCUUAAUAACUAGCCUUUAACCUCUGGGAGCGGGUUUGAACCGAGCCUGGCUGGGAGCCGUCAGUUUCCCAUCGAAGGGAAGGUCUGUUGAGAUUGUGUGCAAGGGAAGAAAGGGAUCUAGGGCAGCAGUCUACGCCCUGCAAGAGUAGAGGGGUCAGAAACAGCUUGCAGACAGUUUCCAAGCCACGUGACCCACUUAGUCUCAAAUGGACAUUUGGGCCCAGAGAAGCCGUUAGGACCACCAGCCUAAUGGUGUCAGAAGCCUGUGUCCCAAGCCCCUGCCCCUGGACCAGUGUCUGACCACAGUAUAAUGUCUUCCUCUGCUGGGGUCACUCUGGGUUUUUGGUCAGAAAACUUGGUCCCGAGUGCUUCUCACUGUCCCUUGCCAUCUGUCCCCUCUGUCCCUUUAAUUUAGGACAAUGGUUCCUGUUUUCUGAAACUGGAAACAGAACUAGUUUCUUUCUCCUAGUCACCAGACAUAGUUCUAUGACUCUCCAAGUGCUUAAUUGCCCUCACCUGCCACCUCCCUGUAUUUAACCGACCCAGCUCAGUCUGAAGUUAUUGCUUCAUAACUUCAGAGCAGUCUGGGGGCUGUGGGUAAAUUGAGGUAAACAUCUCCCAGGCCUGUGCCUACAGCCUCCACCUGCAUGCCCUAUGCACUUUCCUGACUCGUUCCCCAAUAGAUAUUGUACAUGGGUGAGUUUGAAGACAGCAAUCACAAGAAUCCCUCUUGUCCAGACCCCAGCCUCCCACCCACCCCGCCCACACACACAUACACACAGCUCCUCUCCAAGCCUAUUUCGGGACCAAAUGUUCUUGGCACAAAUUGCUCAUUUGUAGAGAAAGCAAUAAGGUGCCUUCCAUAAAAACAAAUGAGCUAGGAGGGAAGAUUCCACAGAAGACCCAUCAUCCUUCAGUAGUGUCGCCCAUGAUCAGAGGCAUCCAUUCGGUCCUAGCCAAGAGUAGACCCUAAAGGAAUGGCCUGAGAGCUAGCAACCCUGGAACAAGAAACCCAGAAAGAUAAACUAGGAGCUUAAAAAGGGGUCCCAACCUCAAGUGUCCCAAAGAGUCAGCUAUGGAGAUGGAAAACCCAAGACAAAGAAAGGGAUUCAAAGUAGUCCCACCCUGGUAGCUUAAGUUAAGACAGACUUGGAGUCAGUCCAAAGCCCUCUGCGGAAAAAACAUGGGGAAGGGGGCUUGGGGGAAUACAAACAGUCCCCGGUCUGUCCCUGAACACUCUGCCACUGGAAUCUCUCCUCCCCCUCUCCCUGCCAACAUCCCAAAGAUACCCACAAGAGGUCUAGCUGGUCUGUUGAGAGAUCUCCUUGGGCUGUGUUCAUUCUCACAUCGCAGCACCUUAAAUCUUAGCUAACUAUGAUUUGUAUAUUGGGACGUACAAUGCAUCAGAAACGUAUAUUUUAAAACAAUUAAUCAUGCGGACUGGUUUUUAAGUGGGAAAAUAUGUAAAUAUAAAGUGGUUUAGGUUUUAUUCUGUUCUUUUUUUCUUUCUUUUCUUUUCUUUUUUCUUUUUUUUUUUUUUUAAUUUUCUUUAAGACAAUGCAAUGCACACCACUCCUUAUGUGCCAUUUGUCCUCCGAGGGAAGCUUUACUUUUUAAGUAAAGGGACAUGCUGCUGACUGACCACCAGUUCACGGAGAACUGCUACAAUUAUUCAUGUUCUUAAAAGAAUCUGUUAAAUAUUAUUAAACUUGAUCAGGAUGAGCCAAAUAAAGUUUUAUUGGAACAUAAA